CAAAGGGAACAUAAAAAUGCAUCUAAAAUAAAAAUAUAUAUUUUUACCAUGUUUAUCAUAUAAAAAACUUAAAAACCUACAAUCAUUCCUAAGAAUACUUACGCAUCUAUUAACAACAGGUAAAAUUCUUAAAUCUGAAAAUAAACUUUGUAACACUUGUCGACCUACCCAAAGAAGAUGGCGACGCAAGUAUAUGUCGAAGAAGAAUUAGGUCGAAAAUGGGACAAAUGCUUCUCAGAUGGCCUCCUUAAAUUCGGAGGAGGUCUCGUGUUAGGAACAGUAUUUUCAGUUUUAUUUUUUAAAAGAAGAAGAUGGCCAAUUUUAAUGGGUGGUGGAUUCGGAAUUGGAAUGGCAUAUUCCAACUGUGAAAAAGACCUUAAUGAGACACUUCGGGGUUGUAAUCCUAGUGCGGAUAAAAAAAAUGCUAAGUAGGAGCUCUUCUAAGUUAACUAAUUUAGAAUACUGCCUUUUAAAGUGAUCGUGGGUUUAUUUUCCUUUAUAAAUCAAUGAGUAGUUGUAAAUAUUUAAAUUAAAUAUUUGUUACAUA